AGAACAGAAGUAUCAACACUGCGGAUGCAAUGGAAUUAUUUGCUCUGACCAGAUAUUCGUAGCAGUUCUUAUUGGGCACCUAGGUUUAAACGGCAAUUAGUUUUUCUAGUCGUGUAUCUUGAACUGCAUUCAGCGAUCGUCUGCCGCGUAGGAACAGUCACGGUAUUGUUCAGUCUUUGGAGAAACAUUGUUGCUAUUGUAUAUCAGGCUACAACAUGAGAACCAUUAUUGCAAUUGUUCAAGCGUUCUUUAUCGUCAAUAUUUGUAUUCAUCAAGGAGAAUGUGAGUUUCAUUUCAAGAGGCACACUUCAAAGAAUUUUAAGGUUCUCGGUUUCUCUUGGGAGAACUGCGGUAAACAGGACGACCCAGCUGUGCUGAAGAGCCUUGAUUUGUCGCCUGACCCAAUAAGUAUUCCCGGAGACGUGACUGCCAGUGCUUCUGGUACUACGACUGUGGAACUGGCUGCUCCUCUCGCUCUCAACCUGACCCUGGAGAAGGAGGUGGCUGGAUUUUGGGUUAAGGUGCCCUGCUUGGAUGAGCUUGGGAGCUGUCAUUACCCCGAUGGCUGUGAGCUGCUGGACACCAUCUUCCCUCCUGGGCAGGACUGUCCUGAGCCCCUGCACACCUAUGGGAUUCCCUGUCACUGCCCCUUCAAGGCGGGGGAUUAUUCGCUGCCUCAGUCGGAAUUCCAGCUGCCGAAAGUGGACCUGCCAUACUGGCUGACCAAUGGAAACUACAGAGUGAAGGGAGUUUUGGGUUCCAAGGGCCAGGAGCUGGGCUGCCUCAAAGUGGCUUUGUCUCUCCACUCAGACUGAGCCCAAGUCCAGUGCCAACCAAGUCCAGGUCCGUGGGAAACCAACUUGGAUUUCUAUUUUCCGCUUAUCAAAGUGUUUAUCAGUUGACCAAACUGUAAUAAUUAUGAAUGCUUAUUAGAAAUGGGAUAAAUUGGCUUAUUGACCCAGUAGUCAGCUUAAGUACCUUUUUAUAAUAAAGAAGGAACAGGUCAGUGAAUUAAAUUUAGUAGGAAACUGUAUGUUGACAGAAAUAAACAGGUUGACUCAGAGCUUGUUGAUAACCACUGUUUUGCAAAACUGGUACAUUGCCUUGUUUCAAAUAAGAUUUAUCAAUGUUUUUAAGCGAAUCUAUUUUUUAAAGAAAAUAGCGUACUAAUAUUAAUGAUGCACAGGAUUAAUUGUUUUCACUUUAUUUACAGAAAGUGUAUCUUCUGUAUAAUGUACUGUAUAAGAGCUGAUUUUAUGAAUCUUCAGGGGACAGGGGUAAGAGGUUCACCAGAAUAUUAUUUGUAUUGAGUUUUCUUUUUUUCUUUUUAAUGAUGUAUUUGAUGAUAAAUGCACUUUUGGGAUUUAGCAUGCAUGUAUGAUUCCAUGCAUGUAGGUAUGUUUCCACAUUUCUUUGCAAAUAACGUGGAGCCUACUCCAGUGGGGAAUAAUUGUCUGUUCUUUUAAUUAUGUCAGAAUGGCAAUAUUCCAAUAUUACCCACAAAUUCCAGCCGCUGUUGUUCCUGAGAUGAUGUGUGUAACUCACUGAGGUAUGUUAGACUUACACAGUUUUAGUGAAUGUUGAAAUCCUGCUGUAACAGCCAGGAGAUCUGGAAUCUCCACUGGUUAUGGAAGUUAUGAGUAACGAGCCAAAAUCUUUCAUAUGUUGAAUGAGACUUGGCAAUGUUUGUUCAGUUUUGUUCACUUCAUCAUUUUCUUUUAUCUGUUCUACAUACUGUCAUUUUGUACCAGUGUUUAAUCUUUUAAAUAAAUCACUGUUUGUAUCAUUUGUAAUGACCAUUGUGUUCAGACAUGCCCUAUUGUUAUCUUGCCUGGCAACACUCCACUGCAACACUUGACAAGCAGUGGGUAAUGUAAUUUGCAGUGGAAACAAAAUGGAGGAUCAUUUAGACAUACUGAUUUUUUUUACCAGUUUAUAUUAAUAAAUAAGUACUUGUUUUAUAUUAA